GCAAGAAGCUCUGGGGAGCACCCCAGCCUUGGACUUUUAGCAUAGUGUGUUAGGUCUUCACAGUUUGGGCCCAGGGCACAGAGAAGUCACAGCUCUCUGGCAUCCUGUGACCUUUACCCUCUUUGCCAGGGGAAAAUGUGACCCUCCAAAGCAAGAAACUUGAGGGCAUGGGUCAUCCCAGCCCUGGCAUCUGCCCAGAGCCCGAGAAGGAAGGAACAAUGAUCCUCCAGCUACCUCACAGGGCUGGCACAGGUGGCCACUGCCCUGGCAUCACCCAGCUGUGUCCGGCAGCCUGAACCCCAUCUGCGGGGAUGUGAGGAGGGAAAUACAAAAGUCUUUAGGUGAGCACUGAGGAGGCAGAUGCAGCAGAAACCUCCAGACCGUAACUACCCAGUCUUGGACCUAUGGUGGAGACAGAGCGUAGCUGGCGAUCGUGUGUACUUAUACUCUAGGGUCACCGGGUUGCACUAUGGCCUCAUCUGUGGUUCUGAAAAUGAAGAUUUGGAAGGAGAUCAUCACAGCUAAUGUUUAACAAGCCCCUCCUAUGUGCCAAAUCAUUCACCCCUUGCAACAACCGAAUGAGCUAAGGAUUCUCAUUAUAUAUAGUUUAUGGAGAAGGAAGUGCAGACAUAAAGAGGUGAAUUAUCUUACCCAGAUCACACAGCUAAUAAGUGGUGGAGGCAGAAUAGAAUCUAAACAGUGUGGCUCUGGAGCCCACAUGCAUUGAUUCGACAAGUGUUUGUUGAGCACCUGCCACGGACAAGGCCUUGUGUGAUUAAAUAGGGUUAUAAUUAAUAAUAUAAAAAUGACAAGUCACUAAUGCUUUUUAGACUUCACAUUUUCUUUUUUUGUAGGUUUCAGGCACAGAACUGUAUAUCCAAUAAUAGUGAAAUGGAUCCCACUAAUUAUGACAGAAAUGAUGAUACAUUUAAAUGACUUGGAUGUUUUAUAGGUGUGAUCUCGUGAAAACUUGAGAGAAACUGAAUGACGAAUGAAACUAUUGUUCCUGUUUCACACAGAAGAAAACUGAGGUUGGCACUCAUCAUGAGCCCCGUUCUCAUUCUGCAGAUGGUGAAGCUCUCUAUUGUCCUGACCCCACAGUUCCUGUCCCAUGACCAGGACCAGCUCACCAAGGAGCUGCAGCAGCACGUAAAGUCAGGGACGUGCCCAUGCGAGUACCUGAGGAAGGUUAUCCAUUCUCUGCAUGACCAUUUUCAUCCUGGGACUGACUUUUGUGGAAUUCCGUGGAUAGUUGUCAUUAUUGUGUUUCUGGGAAUUUCUACACUUGCCAUUUUCCUCUGGAAAACUAAUCUUUGUGUGUCUUUCCUGAAGACUGUCUUAAAGUCACGAAAUGUACAUGACAGAUCCACGGAUGUACAUCGGAGAGCCUGGAGGUCCAAUAGCCGUAGCCAGGAAGGAAUUAAAAUUGGCAUGGAAGACCUCUAUACUUCACCGAGAUAUAUGGAAGCCAAAGUUCAAACUGAAGUCCAUAAGGUGACGACGAAGGUCAACAGUCAUUACAAAAUCAGUGGACAGAGGAAGACUCCCAAGGAAGAAAUCAGGAAGCUAAGAAUGAAAGAAUGUGAGCAAGCAGAAAAGGACAGGCAGCUAUCAGAGGCAGAGGAAAAUGGGAAAUCGAUUAUGAAAGAAAUAGACACCGACAUGAAAUUGUUUCACGCUGCGGAAAGGUUGUGGCGGCGGGCAGAGGACUACUACAGACGCAAAAUCGCCCCUUCUGCAAGAAAGCCUCAUGCCAACUGGGUCAGAAUGGCUGCAGUGGAGCAUUAUCAUUCCUCAGGAUUGCCCUACUGGCCCGACCUCACAGCGGAAACUUUAAGAAAAAGGAAGGGCCGCCAGGCACCUCCUCCAACUCAGUGUCAUCUGGGAGUGGAUGAUUCUCUUAGCCUCAAGACACCUCCAGAGUGUCUUCUGGUACCUCUUCCACCCUCUCCAGUUGGCGACUUUCUGACACCAGAGAAACCGCACGUCGAGUGUUGCUGGGGACCUGUACCAUCUCCUCGAGGUGAUAGUGUCAGGAAACUCAAGACAUCUCCCGACUCUUUUUUUGUACCUCUUCCACCUUCUCCAGUGGAUGAUUCUCUUAGCCUCAAGACACCUCCCGAGUGUCUUCUGGUACCUCUUCCACCCUCUCCAGUUGACGACUUUCUGACACCAGAGAAACCGCCCGUCGAGUGUUGCCGGGGACCUGUACCAUCUCCUCGAGGUGAUAAUGUCAGGAAACGCAAGACACCUCCCGACUCUUUUUUUGUACCUCUUCCACCUUCUCCAGUGGAUGAUUUUCAGACCACGGAGACACCUCCCAUCAAGCGUCGCCAGGGACCUGUACCAUCUCCUCUAGCUGAUAAUGUUAGGAAACGCAAGACACCUCCCGACACUUUUUUUGUGCCUCUUCCACCUUCUCCAGUGGAUGACUCUCUUAGCCUCAAGACACCUCCAGAGUGUCUUCUGGUACCUCUUCCACCCUCUCCAGUUGACGACUUUCUGACACCAGAGAAACCGCACGUCGAGUGCUGCCGGGGACCUGUACCAUCUCCUCGAGGUGAUAAUGUCAGUAAACGCAAGACACCUCCCGACUCUUUUUUUGUACCUCUUCCACCUUCUCCAGUGGAUGAUUCUCUUAGCCUCAAGACACCUCCAGAGUGUCUUCUGGUACCUCUUCCACCCUCUCCAGUUGACGACUUUCUGACACCAGAGAAACCGCACGUCGAGUGUUGCCGGGGACCUGUACCAUCUCCUCGAGCUGAUAAUGUUAGGAAACGCAAGACACCUCCCGACUCUUUUUUUGUACCUCUUCCACCUUCUCCAGUGGAUGAUUCUCUUAGCCUCAAGACACCUCCCGAGUGUCUUCUGGUACCUCUUCCACCCUCUCCAGUUGACAACCUCAAGACACCUCCAGAGUGUCUUCUGGUACCUCUUCCACCCUCUCUUCCACCUUCUCCAGUGGAUGAUUCUCUUAGCCUCAAGACACCUCCAGAGUGUCUUCUGGUACCUCUUCCACCCUCUCCAGUUGACGACUUUCUGACACCAGAGAAACCGCACGUCGAGUGUUGCCGGGGACCUGUACCAUCUCCUCGAGCUGAUAAUGUUAGGAAACGCAAGACACCUCCCGACUCUUUUUUUGUGCCUCUUCCACCUUCUCCAGUGGAUGACUCUCUUAGCCUCAAGACACCUCCCGAGUGUCUUCUGGUACCUCUUCCACCCUCUCCAGUUGACGACGACUUUCUGACACCAGAGAAACCGCCCGUCGAGUGUUCCCGGGGACCUGUACCAUCUCCUCGAGCUGAUAAUGUUAGGAAACGCAAGACACCUCCCGACUCUUCUUUUUGUACCUCUUCCACCUUCUCCAGUGGAUGAUUUUCAGAC